AUGUACGGCCAUUUUAGUCGCCAUCGCGGACAUCGUGGCGGGUCCGGCGAUCUAAGAGGUUUCGGAGGCCAUGGAGGUAUCGGUGGUAGUGGAGGUUUUUGUGGUGUGAAUGAAAACUUUGCUGGUCCUCCAUAUUACGGUGUUCCACCACAUCAUGGGGUUCCUAGCAGUUUUGGAGGUCGUGGGGGCCCUGAAAAUUAUGGAGGUUUUGGAGGUGGAUUCGGCCCUACAUAUGGAUAUACUCGUAAUUGA